AUGGAACCUGACCAACAACUCAAAAGCCUUUUGCAGGUGCAAUUGGCAUCGGACUCAUCGUCUGUGAUACACCUGCCAUAUGUCCUUCAAGUUCUCGACAAAUCCUGCUUCAUACCCAACUCUCAUUUGACGAAAUGGACAGCACGAAUUGGAUCUCUGCUGCACUCGAAAGACGCGGGAGGGAGAUGGGCCGGUUUGUGCAUUGCGCAUAAAUCCUCGCUCUUGUCGAAGGAGUUUAUGAUUGAUGCAGCCUCGAGUUGGAUGCCUGUGGUCCUGCCUAUGCUCUCACGUAACGAAGGUGUUCCAACGAUGAAGGCGGCCAUAAGACUGCUCGUAACAAUAUUCACAUCUACCCUGGAUAUUCCCGAGUUUCAGAGACAGCUGUGCACUCCGAAUGUAACCAAGUUCACUUCCGCUUUGUCGUCUCUUGCGACAUCGGCAAGUGACAUUGACCUCAAGGCCCUCUGCUUAACCACGUUGUCACAAUUGAUUCCAGUCUACCCCAGUGCACAUAAAGCAAGCUUCGCAAGCGUUUCCUCCCUCGCCCUAGGCUUCCUCAAUGGAAGUCAUCCCUGCCCAACGGAUGUUAGAAUUCUUUAUUCAGCGGCUAGGCUAUAUGCCACAUUGCAUCUCACAGGUGGAAAGGUGGGAGCAGCCGCCAUCUGGAGAAAGUUUGUGGACGACACACUAGCCUUUUGCUGGAACGCAUACGCCGCACUCAGGACCACCUUCCCAGGUAAUGCAAUGAACACUGGGAACCCUCCCCAAGCGGAUCCAAUAAUAAUAGUCCCGCUUAACAUCGACCGGCUCCGAUGUGGUACCGUUGUCCUGGAACAUCUGCUCCAGACCUUAACUACUCGCCCAGUUCAAGUCUCUAUUGGGAGUUUGGUAAAAUAUGGUCUCACUUUAAUUUCUACGUCCGCAGACGAGCAGAUCGAAGGAUUUUUCGACCCGACCACCCGGGUGUCUGAAGUAGCUGCUGUCCCUGAAAUUUGGAAGGAGGGCUGCAACCUCCUCACCGUCCUCGCCGAGACAGUCCCACAACACCUCAAUCCCUACACCUCUCGCCUUUGCACCGUGAUAGCCUACCACCUGGAACAACCCUCUACGACGAUCGCACAAAAGGCUUUCUUUUUAUAUACGCUGCGAGUCGUGCUGAAUAAAUGCCAUGCAGUCGAUUCCCCAAUAAUUCCAAAUCGGAUAGUCAAAGCCCUCUUACCAUCCCUUGCUGUAAUCUUGGAUUCGAAGGGCCCCGCGUCCCAACCGGGUGAAACGAUUUCAACGACCAAAAACAGCCGUAAACGGGCUAGAAACUACGAGGGCGAUGAAGUAUUCAAGGUUUCGCGAGACGUGAUCUGUCCUACAGCAAUUGAAGGACAAGUGCUUUUGCACACCAUCACAGUUCUCCGCCAUUGCCUGAGAAAUCCCAACCUGGCUGUCCCGCAGCUUUCCUUGGCUACCCGAAUCCUUUUAUCCAUUCAACUCUCGCUUUCGCAGAUGGCUCCAGUGACCUUCUCCCCCGAUCCUUCCCUCUUCGACAAGGUCAACCGGGAGGUCCACAGCCUUUGCGCCGAGCUUGCCUCUAGUUCAAGCGUUGUUUUGCACAAGGCCACUCCUCUCAUCGUCUCGACUUUGGUAGAGGCUCAACGUACCGAGUCACUACCCGCUCUCGAUCUUCUUCUACACCCUCGGCUUCCUCCGGUGGUGCGACCAAUCCCGCCGAUACAAUCCAUUAUUCUAUUUAAAGUGGAUGAAUCUCACGAAGAGGCGGAACUGCGUAAUAAGCUGCAUCUAGAUUCCGGAAACGAGGAAUGUACCCGCCAAAGAGUUAGUGAAGACAUCGUGAUGGACGGACAACUGUCUCCGACCAGGGUAACAGGCCCCUCGACCCCAAGACAACACGCUUCCCCCAAACCGAUUGCACAGUCCCUGCGUACCGUGCAAGAAACCGUGAAGAAGUCGGUGCCUUCCACCGCCGCCCUUCCUACCUCUGCACAACCGUCAUCGUCGAUGGACGUCGUGCAAGAGCAGCCCGCUUUCAGUGCCAUUCAAAAGCCCUCUACCACCGGCCAACCGACAGUUGCGCCCCCAGUUCAGAAGCCAGUUGUCCAUGCCACACCCUUCCAAAUCCCACCUCCUGACGAAGAAGAUGAUGAACCAAUGCCAACAAUAGACAUGGCCUCGGAUUCCGAAGACGAGGAGGAUUGA